CAAGUCUCUUUAUAUUGUCAGUAGAGGAAGACAAAAACAGCAGUUAAAAGUCAGGUCGAGGUGACGCAGUACUCCUGCUCUGUCAGUUGUCAUAUUUUGAUACAGGACGCAGAGAUGGGCCCGUGGAGCUGCAUCCUCUUUGCGGUGUUUUUUCUUUGUGGAGCUUUUAUCAGAGAAGCACAUCAGGCUACUAUAUCAGAUGUUGGGGGACACAAAGGCGCUCAGAGGCAUCUUCUGAUGGAAUUAGAUCACCCCAACAGAAACGUUUCUGGAAUUCAAAGGGCAGCCGAUACAGAGGAGAGCACGAAGUCGCUGGAGUGGUCCUAUCUGGUUGCAGGACUGGGCACAGUCCUCACCAUCUCACUCCUCAUCGUGAUGACUGUCAAGUUUCGUCUCUUCCAUCGCUUCUUGGCCAGCUACAGACACUCCCUGCUCCAGGAGGCCGACGGGGUCAGCCAGUAUGGCCAGGACGAGCCGCCCUUCCCUAACAAUGCGUUGGGUAGAAUUGGAGUGGUUGGAGGCACUUCAAGAGGGCUGGAUGACGAUGACGAUGGCUUCAUCGAGGAUAACUACAUCCAGGCCAGUGAGAAAGAAAGGGCAGAGAGAGAGAUAGAGGAAGAGGAUGAGGAGGAAGACAGCGACGAUGAUCUUCAGUUCACUAUAGGGUGACUGUCUACUUCUUGAAAUGAAUCACUGUCUUACAUGCAACCUCUUACACCUUCUAUUUGAACAUCUAUGAACUAUGAAGAGUAAGUUCCCCUAAAAACAAGUUCCAUAUUGUUUCAUUUAGAAGAAAAGAAGAAAAAAGAAGAGUAAGAGAGAGAGAGAGAGAGAGAGAGAGAGAGAGAGAGAGAUGGAACACAUUUGUGAAUCAUAACUUUUCUUUUUCCUGUCCCUAUUAAUCAUUUUGUGGCCUCUAACAUUAUGUCGAGUCAUGAAGGGGUCCUGACCCACAGUUUGGGAACCGCUGAAAGUGCUGUGUAGAUAUGAUGAACGUGAAAACUGAAUGAGCCUCAGCUGCUUGAAAAUGAAGUUGCGAUUAUGAUUGGACUUGUGUCCAAAAUGAGCACAUUUAAAUAGUAUGGUACACAAAACUUCAAAAGCCUUGAAUCAGAUUGUUAUUUCAUGCACAGACAACAUGUUAGGAUACGCAGCGCUACCUGAUUAAAGGCUUGUUAACUGUUUGCCAGAAGAGUGUCUUUCCUCUUUUUGAACAGUGAUGAUUUGAUUUGAUUUGAACACUUACUGAGUCUUUUUUUUUUCAAUCAUAAUUGUAUCACAAUGGUGUAUUUAGACAGUAAAAGACAUGCAUAAGAUGUGUGCAUCAAUGAAUGAUUGAGUCAUUGUUGAAAAUAUGCGGUGCAGCAAUCUGUCUUUCAUUUACAAACUAUUUUGAAGUACUCAUUGCUGAUGUUUAACAGUAGUCAUUUUUAUGCAAAUGGAAACAAAAAAAAUGUCCACACAGCUGAGGAGCCGAAGACUAAGGCUACUUAUGCUCUCCUGAAUUCAUCUCUUUGUUUGAAAUGUUUUACAGCUGCUAGACACAUUUAAUAAAAACCUUUCAUUUCA